AUGUCGACCAAGGCUGUGCCCUUGACGCCCUCACGGAGGUGUCCUGUGUCACACCACACUACCGACCAGGAGGAUCUUGUGCCGCGUGAUUUCACCACCCAAGGCAAACCAUCAAACCUCGACUGUCCUUUCGCAAAAUUCGCGGCACAGAAUGGGCUACCAGAUACACCUGAGAGUCACGACCCAAUUGCUGCAGAGUUCCAUCAAGACGUUGUUAGCGUCAACGCCUCGACUGCUGCGACUGGUCCCUUAGGACGGUGUCCUAUCAGGUUCUUGGACAAACAUUCGCCCGAAGAGAUUACCUCCUACUUCGAGAACCACAAGCACGAGCUGCCUCGCAGUCACCAAGUAUGUGUGCAGAGGUAUCAAAGGAACGAAGCCGGCGCAAAACAGCUCGACGCGAGAUAUGGAAGUCUCACGAACAUGAUUCAGGGUUUGGGCAGAUCUCAUAAGCCAUAUCUGCCUGGCGAUGAGAAGGCCAUCAACCAGGACGCCACGUCUUCGUCUGCAGUGGAGAAAUGGGCUGAAUCUGUCAGUCGCCCAGAUUCGACUGUGCCCAAAGCCGAGAUCGCUGUUGAGGAUGACCAACGACAAUCUCACUUCGAGCGACCCUUGCGAGAGAUCCGAGUCGGCGAGUCUCCGAGUCGCCCUUGGGGCAUUUCUGUACCGGUCGCAAAGGAGAUUCCUGCCAGUGCUCUCGCUUCUGAGGCAAAUCAAGCCCAAGUGCCAGACAUCAGCACUCCGCCUGCUGCCAUGCCUACAGAUCCCGCGAUUCGGGCUGCCAACAAGCAAGCCAGCUCCGCGCCACCAAAAGUCCAGUCACAACCACAAGCGCAGCCUGUCGCUUCUGAAGAAGCGACAUCAGCAAAGCCCACGCAAGUCAUAUUCAAUGGCCCGGUGUUCUUCGGGUAUUCACCUGAAGACGCUGCAGCUUUCCUGAAGUUAUUGGGCGCACAGUCGCCUGACGCUGGCAAUACUUGA